ACCAUCUUAGGCCCACAAAGAACUCCACACUCCAAAAUAACCAAAUUAAUUAUUUUCCAAAAAAAAGAAGCGAAAAUAGCUUUUCUACUUCACUUCCUCGUUUUCUUCCUCUGCUGUUUCCUCUCAAUCUCGUUCGUUAUAGCAAUUUCUAUCCGUUCGAAAACGAAAUCCAAUACUAAUUCUUCAUCUGUUAGUAUUUUCAAACAAGAAGAAGAGGAAGGAGGUGAAAUGGCGACAAUGGAGAGCUUGAUUGUGACGGUGAACAGGAUUCAGAGAGCUUGUACGGUGCUCGGUGAUCACGGUGGCGACACUAAUUUGCCUACUCUUUGGGAAGCUCUUCCCUCUGUUGUCGUCGUCGGAGGCCAGAGUUCUGGAAAGUCAUCGGUGUUGGAGAGCAUUGUAGGACGCGACUUCCUUCCUAGGGGAUCAGGCAUUGUGACGAGGAGACCACUAGUUUUGCAGCUACAUAAAACAGAACGAGGGCUACAAGAAUAUGGAGAGUUCCUUCACUUGCCCAAGAAAAAAUUCACUGACUUCUCUAUGGUUCGGAAGGAAAUCCAAGAUGAAACUGAUAGAAUGACUGGGAAAUCCAAACAGAUUUCUCCUGUACCGAUUCACCUCAGUAUCUACUCACCAAAUGUUGUCAACUUAACAUUAAUAGAUCUGCCUGGUUUAACUAAGGUUGCCGUAGAGGGACAGCCUGAGAGUAUUGUUCAAGACAUAGAAAUCAUGGUUCGCUCAUAUGUUGAGAAGCCAAACUGCAUCAUCCUGGCCAUAACUCCAGCUAAUCAAGAUAUAGCGACAUCUGAUGCUAUGAAGCUGUCUAGAGAAGUUGAUCCAACAGGUGAAAGGACAUUUGGUGUAUUAACCAAGCUUGAUUUGAUGGACAAGGGAACAAAUGCAAUAGAUGUUCUUGAGGGAAGAGCUUAUCCACUUCAACACCCUUGGGUUGGAAUUGUAAACCGUUCACAAGCUGAUAUUAAAAAAAAUGUCGACAUGAUUGCUUCUAGGCGGAAGGAGCGCGAGUUCUUUGCCUCUAGUCCUGAUUAUGGACAUUUAGCUAGCAAAAUGGGCUCAGAAUAUCUUGCAAAAGUUCUCUCAAAGCAUUUGGAAUCUGUAAUUCGAGCUCGCCUUCCUGGCAUUACUUCUUUAAUUAACAAAAGUAUCGAAGAACUUGAAGCAGAGUUGUCCCAUCUUGGUAGAUCUGUUGCUGUUGAUGCUGGGGCCCAAUUAUACACCAUCUUAGAGUUAUGUCGAGCAUUUGAUCGAAUAUUCAAGGAGCAUUUGGAUGGCGGGCGGCCAGGUGGAGAUCGCAUUUAUGGAGUUUUUGACCAUCAGCUGCCAGCUGCUUUAAGGAAGCUUCCAUUUGACCGUCAUUUGUCACUGCAAAACAUAAGGAAAGUGGUCUCAGAGGCAGAUGGGUACCAACCUCAUUUAAUUGCUCCUGAGCAAGGUUAUCGACGUCUCAUUGAUGGUGCACUUAAUUACUUCAGAGGCCCAGCAGAGGCUUCUGUAGAUGCUGUUCACUUUCUUUUAAAAGAGCUUGUAAGAAGGUCAAUUGCAGAAACUCAGGAGUUGAAACGCUUUCCAACUCUCCAAGCUGAAAUUGCAGCGGCUGCAAGUGAAGCAUUGGAGAGGUUUCGUGAAGAGAGUAAGAAGACAACUUUGCGGAUGGUGGACAUGGAGUCAUCAUACUUGACAGUGGAUUUCUUUCGGAAGCUCCCCCAAGAAGUGGAGAAAGGUGGAAACCCAACUUCCUCAUCUGUUGAUAGAUAUGCUGAAAGUCACUUCCGCAGAAUAGGAUCAAAUGUUUAUUCUUAUGUGGGUAUGGUGUCUGAUACGCUUAGAAAUACCAUUCCUAAGGCUGUGGUUUAUUGCCAAGUGAGGGAGGCCAAGCAGUCAUUGCUUGAUCACUUCUAUAUACAACUGGGCAAAAAGGAGGGCAAGCAGCUGGCACAGUUACUGGAUGAAGAUCCUGCAUUGAUGGAAAGGAGGCAACAAUGUGUCAAGAGGCUUGAGUUAAACAAAUCUGCGAGGGAUGAGAUUGAUUCAGUCUUGUGGGCCAGAUGAAACCCACCCGACUGCCUGCUAAGAAACCGUUUGCAUCACAGCUAAAAAACAAGGGAGAUUCUGGAGAAGGUUUAAGUUCUUGAAUUUUCAGCUUUCAUUUGUUGCAUUUUCUUGUGCAGCUUCUGUUUCACCCAGCCAAACCUAAACAUUUCUAAAAGAUUGGUCUAUACUUGGUUACUGUUUUCUUAAACCAGAGUCAUCGUUCUAAAUCCUUUUGUAGAAAUGUUAAGUAAAUAGUAUCUCCAUAGUGAAUCUGAAAUUUUAGUCCUUUUCCUGAAA